GUUAAGUUUUUGUUCGGGUCGCAGACUGGAAACGCGGCUGAGAUUUGCAAGGAGAUGGCCGCCGAGGCCCCGGCCAAAGGUUUCCCAAACGUUCACUGCAACGCCAUGAACGAAGUUGACGUCAAGGACGUGCUCAAGCCCGGCGCCGUCGUCGUUUACGUGGUGAGCUCGACGGGUGACGGCGACGCGCCCGACAACUGCGACUCGUUCUUCACGAAACUCAAACGCGUGGCGAAGAAAGAGGCGGGCGUCUGCGGCGCCGGCGUGCAGUACGCGGUGCUGGGUUUGGGCGACCAGAACUACAGCGCGUUCAUGGCCGUGCCCAGGUCGUUCACGGCCGCCAUGGAGAAGGCUGGGGCGAAGGCGUUCUACCCGCGCGGGGAGGCGGAUGAGACGUUGGGACUGUACGAGUACUGCGAGAAAUGGCAGGAUGGACUGUGGGAGCCGCUGCGGACUGCGUCGGAGCGAGCCCCCGCGCUCGCGAAGGACCCGACGGGCGGUGUCGCGAAGGACUCGACGGGCGGUGUCGCGAAGGACCCGACGGGCGGUGUAGCGCCCGCCGCUCCCGCUCCCGUUCCCGCUCCCGUUCCCGCUGCCGCGGCCGAUGCGGCGGAGGCUGACCUCGUCGGCCCUUACCUCGCGAAGGUUGCCAAGUCCGAGCUCAUGACCGACCCAAAAUCCGACCGAAGGGUGCUUCACGUCGAGUUUGACACGCGCGGCGCGAGGGGUCUCGACUUUGAACCCGGCGAUUCGCUGGGCGUGCUCCCCCAGAACGACCCCGCGCUGGUGGACGCGCUCGCCGCGAGGCUCGGCCUCGACCCAAACGCCGUGUUCGAGCUGGGCUGGGCGGAAGGUCAGGCGCCGUCGGGCCCGACCUCGGCGCCGCCUCUGCGGCACAUCCGGUGCCCCGCCUCGGUCGGCGCCGCGCUGACCCACGCGGUUGACGUCACCGCGCCGCCGCGUAAGUCCCUCCUCAGGGUCCUCGCCGAGGCGUGCACCGACGCCGGUGAGCGCCGCGACUUGCUGACGCUGUGCUCCCGGGGCGGCCGCGACGAGUACAAGGUUCGGUGCGGCGACGAAUGCCCCACGCUUCUCGACCUUCUCGAGUCGCAUCCGUCGUGCGCGCCCGGCUGGGCCGAGCUCCUGGACGCGCUCCAGCCCCUCCAGCCGAGGAUGUACAGCAUCACCUCCGCGCCGGAAGCGCACGGGGGCGUGCCCGCGGUGGCGUUCUCGGUCGUCGAGUUCUCCACGCCCCUCGGCGCGAUCCGUCGGGGCGUCGCGACCAACUGGUUGGAUCGACGAGCGUCGGACCAAACCUUCCGGGUUCCGCUCUACGUCAAGAAAUCCACGCACUUCGCACCCCCGACCGACGUGUCCCACCCGGUGAUCAUGAUCGGCCCCGGCACGGGCGUCGCGCCCUUCCGCGGGUUCCUGGAGCGCAGACGAGCGAUGAUCGCCGCGGCCGACGCCGCCUCGCCGCCGCCCGGCCCCGCGUGGCUCUUUUUCGGUUGCCGCCGCCGCGACGAGGAUUACCUCUACCGCGGCGACCUCGAAUCAUUCGCCGCCGACGGGACUCUCACCGAACUCGUCACCGCGUUCUCACGCGAGUCCUCGACGACGAAGACGUACGUGCAGCACAGGAUAGCGGAGCGCGCGGCGGAGGUUGCGGCCAUCGUGGCGGCGCCGGAGGCUAGGGUCUACGUGUGCGGCGACGGCGCGAACAUGGCCAAGGAUGUGCACGGGGCGCUCGUGGACGCGUUGGCCGUCCACGUGGACGGGAUGGACGAGAAACGUGCGAGCGAGAUGCUCAUGGCCAUGACCAAGGAGGGGAGGUACGUCCGCGACAUCUGG